ACGUAACAACAGAUGCAAUAGCCGUGUUUUGAGACAAACUGUAUAAGUUUGGCUCGCGGGCAACGAGAUUGGAAAAGGCGUGUUGCGCUGAAUGGGGUCGGCGCGGCGGUUUCAGUGAAAGUGCUCUCUCUCGAGAGAUCUAUUCUGCACUUUGCUGCGUGUGUGUGGAUGUGGAGCUAAAUUGGCCUGACUCGACUCGAGCAGUCGACGUCUUGCCCGCAUCGAGUCCAAGUCGCUGCAACUCCGUGAUGAACAAAGCCGUCUUUUUGGCCGUCCUCCUCGUCGCCGUCUACCUGACGCACGACAAUGACGCCAGGGUUGUGAAGAAGGACCGCGCCCGUCGCGGCGUAGUGGCCAUCGGCCCUUUGGCCGUGGUGCAGAAGCGCAGAGACCGCGACGAGCAAGACCUGUCCAAGGUGCCGGGCGUGCCAGGGGUCGACUACCCUUUGUUCCGCUCCGUUCCGCCCACGCACUUUGACUGCAACGCUGUUCCCGCGCGACCCGGCAUGUACGCCAACGUCGAGACCGGCUGCCAGGCGUACCACGUUUGCCAUGACGGCCGCGAAGGUCACCAAGGCGCCGCUUUCCUCUGCCCCAACGGAACGAUAUUCAGCCAGAAGGAAUUUACCUGCGACCACUGGUACAACGUUGACUGCCAAAGCUCCCCAUCUUACUACAGCCUGAACCUGGACCCCGCCAAGAACCCGUACUUCGAGAGGGCGCACAAGGAAGCCGCCGCGGCCGCGCUGGUGCAUUUCUAAGCGUCGAAGCGGCAGUAGCAGCAGGCGAUGGGGGGCCCUCUGCCCCCAGGGCUGCCGCCCACGCUGGACACGUUCAAGAAUGUGGCUCUGAUCGCCGGACUGGACGUGUCUCUCUUCCACCUCGGCCUCGAGUUCAUGCUGGCGCUCGCUCUGGGCCAGCUCUUUGUUGAGUUGUCCAUUUUCGUGCACAACCACUUCAUCCAAGAUUGCCUUCAGCAUGAGUCAUUACUAUAAACAGCGGCGGCAGCCACCAUCAUUCAUCAAAAAUUUCAAAGAAUUAGUAUUUAUUAUUUCCUCUGUCAUGAUCAAUAAACAUUUACUCUGUAAAUAAAUGUUACGCGUGAA